AUGAGGUCUGAUCUGAGUACCAGGAAAUCCGAAGCCCUCUACGAGUUCCAUCAGGAACACGGACACAAAACAGAAGAUUGCAUCGCCUUGAGGCAGGAGGUAGUGAACAUGUUGCAACAAGGGCACCUCAAAGAGCUGCUGAGCGACAAGGGAAGGAGCACAUUCACUAGGGGUCGAGAACGUCAAGGCCCGCCGAAGCCGCCCUCACCAGCACACACCAUCAAUAUGAUUAUUGGUGGCACUGACGACACCUCCAUCAACGACAUCAAGUUCACUACCACUCACAAGCUCAAAAGAGCGAUCACCCACAAACGAUAUGACGGACUCGAAGAAAGUAUCAUCUUCGACGAGUCAGAUGUCGACGGUUUAACUUUCCCUCACAACGAUGCUCUAGUCAUUACUUUACAAAUUUUAGAUACUGAUGUUAAAUGUAUCAUGGUAGAUGAUGGGAGUGGGGUGUGCAUUAUCCAUCCCCGAGUCCUCGCCCAUAUGAGACUCGAGGACAAGAUAGUGCCGCUCUGCAUCACACUGACCGAUUUUAACAAUGCAGUUGAACGGACAUCAGGAGAAAUUAUACUCCACGUCUUUGCCGAUGGCAUGACUCUAGAGACGACGUUCCACAUCAUAGACCAGGCCACCGCAUACAACGGCAUAGUAGGACGACCAUGGAUACAUUCUAUGAGAGUCGUCCCCUCCAGUUUAUACCAAGUAAUCAAGUUCCCAACACCUUGGGGAAUAUUCAGCAUACGAGGGGAACAACGCACGUCCCGAGAAUGUUACAACAUCGCCAUGGAUAGCACGACAACUCAACAAAAGAAAGAUAAGGAAAAAGAAGCAUAG